AUGUGUAAAGGAGGAACGUGGAAGCGAGAGGUCGUCCCUGACCACAAGUUCGACUUCGUCGAUACUCGUGAGUUCAGAGACACGGGAUGUGGCAUGCGAAUGAAGUACCUCUGGCUCUACGUCGGCGUGCUCAUUUCCUUCCUCGUCUAUGUCUCCGAUAUCUUCACAGCAGUUACCAUGCUUACCACUACGUCGUGGUCGAACGCCAUCUUCAACUCGUGUCCUGCGAAUGAUACCAACGGGUGUGUCUAUAUCCCGUUCAGCAUCGGCCGUUGGUUGUUCUUCGGAUGCGUCAUAUUCUCCUUCCUGCUGCUUGCGUACGACGCAUACAAGGCGAAGAAGAUCAUUCAGAGUCGUGACAUCUCGUACGCCUUCACCAAUGUCAUGGCUAACAAGUACUACUCCCUCAGGUCUUACGACCAUUUCUGCUUCUUCAACCACAUCGCUGCCUCUACGAAGCGUAUCGACGACUUCACCUUCUUCGUCUUCUUCACCUUCAAGAGCUGGAAGCGGCUGCUCUUCGCCGAUGGUCCACGUCAGUCUAUCAACGCGCUGACCCUGUACGCGUUUUAUCUUUCCAAGGAGAAGGAUGGACACUGGUACGACAUCUCGAAGUACUUCGACGGCGACCUCAUUACCUCUGCCCUUACCGUGUCGACGGCCUUCACUGUGUUCAUCUUUGCCAUCUCCCUCUUGAUGCUCAUCAUCGCCGGUAUCUGCUACAUUCCUCUGCUUGCACACAUCCAGGGUAACCUCAAGGAAUACUGCUGCCACAAAGUCGACAAGCGUAUAUCUGAGAUCAUCAAGCGGAGGAACAAGCAGCGUCUCGCCAAAGCGGCUGCUCUCGCGAAGAAGGAGGCGGCGGGCGACUUCUCUCAUCUCAAGAACAAAAAGGGAGAGUUCAUUGCCAAACCCUUGCCCCAACCUACCCUCCCCAACCUCUCCGUCGACGACGACAUCGACGACGCCGCGUCCAUGCGCACGCGUGGGCCGCCCGCGAGCACCUACACCGGUACCGACUACUACAGCGACUACAAGGCGGACUAUGCAUCCGACUACCCUCCGCCCAUGCCCGGCUAUGCGCAGGCAGGCUACCACCACCAGUACAACAACUCGGUCGGCACGCUCCCCGACCAGCCGCAACUGCAUUACGACGACGACGUCGCGAGUCAAACGCACCUUGCCUCUGCUGCUGCGCCGUUCGCCCAUGACGAUCACGUCGCUCCUGACUACCGUUCGGGGAGUGUUGCGCCUGACUACCGUUCAGGGAGCGUUGCGCCGGAUUACCGCUCGGCGAGUACCGUGCCCGACUACCGUUCGGCGAGCACAGCGCCAUACGGCCAGCAGGCGCAUCAGAUGUACCAGCAGGAGGACUUCCCCAACCCUCACUCCCCGAGCGCCCAGCAGGCGUUGGGACAUGGCGUCCAGCAGCAGCAGCAUAACCCGUAUGCGCAGCAGCAACACGAUCCGUACGCGCAACAUCAAUACGACCCAUACGCGGCGGACCCGUACGGGUAUCAGCGGCAGAGCGGGCACAGCGACGGGUACGAGUACAACAACGGCCAUGCACAUGCCAUGUAG